AUGGCACAGCCCGCAGAUCCACUGGCGAAGACCAACUUCACCUUCGCCGACUCCCUCUCACCUUACAACGUCUCGAUGAAAGCCUGGCUCACCCAAUCCAACCGACAAAAUGAACUCAACGGCAUUGCCACAGCCAUCGUCAUCUCCAGCUCCGAGAACAAAGUCCUCCUCGUGCAGCGCGCAGCUCACGACUCCAUGCCGGGGAGAUGGGAAGUCCCAGGCGGCGCUGUCGACGAAGAAGACCCCACGAUCCUCCACGCAGCGGCGCGGGAGCUGGUGGAGGAGGCAGGCCUCGUCGCGGCGCACUUCACUCGUGUGGUCUCGGAAAAGGCUGGUCUAGAUCCUGGUUAUGUCUUUUCGAAUCGAGCUGGUACAGCGACUUGGUGUCGAUUGACGUUUGCGGUCGAGGUCGAGAGUUGCGAAAGGGUGACGUUGGAUCCGAACGAGCACCAAGCCCACGUUUGGGCAACAGAGCAGGAAGUCCGGGAUCAGAGGGUGGAGGGGCUGGAAAUACCCAUCACCACGAACAGUGUACAGGCGACUAUUCUGGAGGCUUUUCGGUUGAAGAGAGAAUGA